GGGCGGUGCAGAGGGGGCGCGGAGGGCCCCCGACCGCGGCAGGCCGCCCCGCCAGCAUGGCAGAAGCUGAGGAAGAUUGUCAUUCUGAUACUGUCAGAGCAGGAGAUGAUGAAAAUGAAAGCCCUGCUGAAACAGAUCUGCAGGCACAACUCCAGAUGUUCCGAGCUCAAUGGAUGUUUGAACUUACUCCAGGUGUAAGCUCUAGCAAUUUAGAGACUCGACCUUGCAGAGCAGCAAAGGGUUCUGUACUAAAAGCAGCAGACUUGAAAGGAAAGCAAGAACUGGCCAAAGAAGAAAAGGCCCGAGAACUCUUCCUAAAAGCAGUGGAAGAAGAACAAAAUGGAGCUCUCUAUGAAGCCAUCAAGUUUUAUCGUAGGGCUAUGCAGCUUGUACCCGAUAUAGAGUUCAAGAUUACUUAUACCCGGUCUCCAGAUGGUGAUGGCGUUGGAAACAACUACAUUGAAGAUGAUGAUGAUGAUGAUGACAACAAGAUGGCAGACCUCUUGUCCUACUUCCAGCAGCAGCUCACAUUUCAGGAGUCUGUGCUUAAAUUGUGUCAGCCUGAACUUGAGAGCAGUCAGACUCACAUAUCAGUUCUACCAAUGGAGGUCUUAAUGUACAUCUUCCGGUGGGUGGUAUCCAGUGACUUGGACCUCAGAUCAUUAGAGCAGCUGUCACAGGUGUGCAGAGGAUUCUAUAUAUGUGCCAGAGACCCUGAAAUAUGGCGUUUGGCUUGCUUGAAAGUUUGGGGCAGAAGCUGUAUUAAACUUGUGCCAUACACGUCCUGGAGAGAAAUGUUUUUAGAAAGGCCACGUGUUCGGUUUGAUGGAGUGUACAUCAGUAAAACCACAUAUAUUCGUCAAGGGGAACAGUCUCUUGAUGGCUUCUAUAGAGCCUGGCAUCAAGUGGAAUAUUACAGGUACAUAAGAUUCUUUCCUGACGGCCAUGUGAUGAUGUUGACCACCCCUGAGGAGCCUCAGUCCAUUGUUCCUCGUUUAAGAACUAGGAAUACCAGAACUGAUGCAAUUCUACUGGGUCACUAUCGCUUGUCACAAGAUACAGACAAUCAGACCAAAGUAUUUGCUGUGAUAACUAAGAAAAAAGAAGAAAAACCACUUGACUACAAAUACAGAUAUUUUCGCCGAGUCCCUGUACAAGAAGCAGAUCAGAGCUUCCAUGUGGGGCUACAGCUGUGUUCCAGUGGCCAUCAGAGGUUCAACAAGCUCAUCUGGAUACACCAUUCUUGUCACAUUACUUAUAAGUCAUCUGGUGAGACUGCAGUUACUGCAUUUGAAAUUGACAAGAUGUAUACCCCCUUGUUCUUCGCCAGAGUGAGGAGCUACACUGCUUUCUCAGAAAGGCCUUUGUAGAGGUCUUUGUCAUCUAGUCCAUUAUCACUGUUGCAUGAAUAAAAUAUAUAGAGCAAAAGAGUAUCUAAAUUAUAAAUGUACAUAUAUAUGUAUAUAUAUGGAAUCAAAACUUAUUUUGGAUUGUUGGGCUUCUUUUACGAAGAGUAUUAAUUAUUACUAUUAUUUUUUAAUUUAAAGGGAUAGUUGUUCCUUGGGGUGUUUUUGUUUUGAAAUUUAAAAGUUGACUUUAAGAUAUUUAUGUUGUGAAAAACCUUAAAAUGAGGUUUAAAUCAUAUCCUUUUCCAAGUGUAUUUUUGUCACAUCAGUCUUAUAUGCCUAUUGAUUCCCAGUAUUUAAGUGUGUCAGGAGAGAACUCCAUUGGAUAAGCAUUUAUUUCAUGCAUGUUAUAGUAAUGUGAAAAACUGUUCUGAAUUUGUUUGAAACUGUUUGACUAAAUAAAGAUCAUAGAUUAAAUUUUC